AUGGAGAAACCGCGCCGCCGUGUCCGGGCUCAGCAUAGGCAGCGACACUCAGAAACUACCCCCGACUCUGCUCAGCCCCUCUUCAACAAGGACCCGACGAGACAUGACAAUACCACCACCAACAACUACGGCGAUUCCCGGUAUGGGUAUGCGCGCCGCGUCAGGAUCGCACGUGCCACGUCAAUCAUCUGUGUCAACAACGGCAUGGUCUACCUCAGGACCCAACAGAGGAGGAGGAGAGAAGAGAAGAAGAGCGUCAACAUCGGUGGCGGGAAGCAUCAGCACUGGGAUAAAGAGGGGAUCGGCAUCUCUACGGGAUAA